UUUUCAGCCAAAAUUAACGCUUGACUGGGAAGCAAAACGAGACAGAUGGAACGGAUAUGACCCACAGACCUACAAGCAAGUCGUCGAGGAACAUGAAAAAUUGGAACAAACAAGAAAACUUCUCAGGGAAGAAAAGAUGAAAGAAGAAAGUGAAACAGGCGAAGGAAGUGGUGGUAAGGUGGAAGAGCAAGCGGACGAGGAUAUGUAUGCGGAUGAUGCCGAUAUGGCAGGCGUAACAGUUGACAUGGAUUCACGUACACGCAUUACUGUGAGAAAUCUGCGAAUAAGAGAGGAUACAGCGAAAUAUCUGUACAAUUUGGACCCAAAUGGCCCGUACUACGACCCAAAGUCACGCUCCAUGAGGGAAAAUCCAUUUGCGAAUGUGCCUGGAAUUGAUGUACAUGCAUUGGCCGAGCCAACAAAACUUGAAGCAAUGAAACGAGAAUUCGAGGAACAAAAAACGAGCGCCAAAAACGAGCACCGAACAAAGUUGCUUGAGAAAUAUGGCGGUGAAGAACAUUUACAAACGCCAGCGAAAGAACUGUUGCUGGCUCAAACUGAGCAAUAUGUGGAGUAUAAUAGGAAGGGUAAAGUGAUAAAAGGAGAAGAGCGCCCAAUGAUACGAAGUCGGUAUGAAGAAGAUAAGUAA